GUUCGCGGUCUGUCCCUGGCUCGCUUACCGUACGAUCUUGCGCGAAUUGGCGGUGCCGAACCAUAUCUCGCCCACGUCGCCGUGAUCGCGGAAGUUGUCGAGCUCCUGGGCGUACGCGUUCUCCCAGCUGCAAGAGAUACGUCAAGCAAAAGCUACGAGUGAUGCACAAUGAACAUUGUACGACCACGGCUUAAAUUGUCAAGUGCUAUUCGUUUAAACAUGAGUGUCAACAAGCUGUUAAUGAAUUUGUGUUUUGGACAAUAUACAAAACUUUCCGCACGAUGCUAUGCUUCCGUUGCUGCAAAUCUAGUAAAUAAUGACAGUAUAAGACCAAAAACUGGCAUAUUAAUGUUAAACAUGGGUGGCCCUGCCAACAUUGAUCAGGUCCACGAAUAUUUAUUAAGAAUAAUGACUGAUCGUGAUAUGAUUCAAUUACCAGUACAAAGUAAAUUAGGUCCUUGGAUAGCCAAACGUCGUACUCCAGAAGUACAAAAAAAAUAUUCUGAGAUAGGUGGUGGAUCACCAAUUCUGCAAUGGACAAAUAAACAGGGCGAACUUUUAUGCAAAAAAUUAAAUAAAAUUUCGCCUGAAACUGCACCUCACAAAUAUUAUGUUGCCUUUCGAUACGCAGAUCCUCUCACAGAAGAUACUCUUGAGAGGAUACGCAAUGAUGGAGUGCAGCAUACUGUUCUUUUCUCUCAAUAUCCUCAAUAUAGUUGUUCAACAUCAGGUUCCAGUUUUAAUGCUAUAUAUAAUUAUUAUAAAACUAGAGAGUUGCCAAGUGAAAUGAAAUGGAGUAUAAUAGAUAGAUGGGCCACGCAUCCGCUCCUUGUAAAAACCUUUGCUGAAAGGAUUAAACAAGAACUUGCACAAUUUCCUAGCGAAAAAAGGGACGACGUUAUAAUUUUAUUUUCAGCUCAUUCAUUGCCGUUGCAGGUUGUAAGUAGAGGAGAUUCUUAUCCCGCGGAAGUUGGAGCUACAGUAGCAUUAGUCAUGCAGGAAUUAAAUUACUGCAAUCCAUAUAGUUUGGUGUGGCAAUCGAAGGUUGGACCUACGGCGUGGUUAGGGCCUUUUACCGAUGAAGCGUUAAAAGGCUAUGUUAAGCAAGGCAAGAAAAAUUUUAUCUUGGUACCUAUUGCAUUUGUAAACGAACAUAUUGAAACUCUCCAUGAAUUGGACAUAGAAUACUGUCAAGAACUUGCCCAUGAACUCGGUAUCGAAAGGAUACGAAGGGCUGCGGCUCCUAACGAUCACCCCAUUUUCAUCGACGCUUUGGCUGAUAUUGUUGCGUCUCAUCUUAGAUCGCAACAACCUAUAAAUCCUAAAUUUUUAACGCGAUGUCCGCACUGUGUAAAUUUAAAUUGUGAAGCUAGCAAAAGUUGGUAUGCUAAAAUAUGUAAAAUUUAA